AUGUUCAGCAGCAACGCGAGCGUCUUUCUCAGGAGGCGACUGCUGAAAGCCAGUCUUGAGCCGGACGUGCAUCAACGUCACAUACGAUCAGGAUAUCCUGCCGCAUGGUAAGCUUAUCUAGCAGAGGAGCAUUGUCCGCUGGGUCAUAUCGCGGCGAUCGAAAGGCCCAAAAGACGUCGAGGCUUGGUAAACCCCGCACUUUAAUAGUUAAACAGAUAGCUUCACAAGUGAAUCCAAAGUUGCCUGUUUUUUGAUAGUAAUAAUCCACACGUUUGGACAACCGGUAUUCUGCAAACGAGAUAAUGACUGAAUGUAUAUAUCUGAGAUGGACCUGUGGCCUUUCGAUCUUUGAUACAUGCUCUGCGUAUUGCUGCAAAUGAUUUCAGGUGGUGUUUUCGAUGCGGCUCAAACCUUCGUCUAACGUGUCAGCCUCGCAGACAUUCAAAUCGAACUCGUCCAAAAGAAGAACGGCAUGGGCGGCCUCCCAUGUUUGUUGUUGAUUACUAAAUCUUGCCAAUAGAACAGAAGAGACAAGUCCCAGGAAGUAGUCUUUAAAAAGGAGACACGAUCGCUGGGACAAGAGCUUUAUUAGCCUGACGUUUAACAAGUGCAAUGACAUUCCCCUUCCAUACUCGGUGCUGAGGCUUCGCCCAGGCGGAGUAAUUAGCCACGCAAGGAGCGCACAAGUGAACACUUUUCCCAACUCCAGGGUCGGUGGAUCAGAUGGUCGAGCAAUCAUCACACCAACACCCAACGCACGUGAUGAAAUUGCAGCAAUUAACGACGCGAAUGUCGGCCAUCAAACAAUCAGCACAACAAGUGCGACGUUCCCGGAUGGAGGGGAGAGCCGUGAAUGUUCAUAGGUAUGCGAUAGCAUGGCGACUGCAUCUUAUAAAUACUGCAGCCCCUUGUCCAUGAACCGAUCGUAUCUGCUUUUGUCUCUGAGGGUGGGUUCGAGCAGGAAUCCGAAACGUCAGGCUAGUAGAGCUCUUGUCCCAACGAUCGCCUUUCCUUCUUCAAAACUAAACCAUGUUCUCUUCCGAAGUUCAAGGACUAAUAGACCACGCGUCGGCCUCUCUGCUGGCGUGUAGUUGGGUUGGAAAGACGCCUCCGUAUGAACCUGGAGAGAAUGAAUCUGUCUGUUUCCUACAGUCAAGCACAACUUUAACGGACAACUAAAGUCUCCAUGAACGGGAGAAGGUAACUGUGAUUAGCGGAUUUUGUCCUACAGAAGUAGCCAUUUCAUGGAGUCCUGCACAUUCCAACCCGUGUCUUUGGCAACAGUAGCGAAACACCUUAAAAAUGUCCGUGGAUCAACAGCUGCCGGACUGGUUGGUGUCUUGCCUUUUUUUCUUAAAUCUUGCAGUUCUCAGAUAGCCCCUAUUUUAACGCACCUAAUCAAUAUGUCUUUCAUGGAGUCCAAGAUUCCCGACGCCUGGGGUACAGUGAGAAUCACUCCCAUCCCUAAAAUGCCCGCUAACUUUGGUCCUUAAUCUUUUCGUCCAAUUGCCUGCUCCUCUACAAUAUUAAAGCUUGCUGAAAGAGUUGACCUAGAUAUCAUAAAGCCUUUUUCUUCCAGUUUUUCCGACCCCAUGCAAUUUGCAUAUAAAGCCAAACGGAGUACUUUAGAUGCUUUUGCUCUUGUGGUUCACUCUGCUCUAAAAGCAUUAGACAAGGGUUGCCGCGAGUAUGCGUGCGCUUUUCUUGAUUAGACCUCCGCCUUCAAUACUGUCCAGCGCCCUCUUCUCCUUACCAAAACCUCCGCAUGCGGCUCUCCAGGCUGGGUCGUCUCUUGGCUUAGAGAUUAUUUUACCUUCCGCACUCAAUUUGUCCAAUCUGGCAAGCGGAAAUCUUCGACCCUUCCCAAUGACUGCGGUGUUCUUCAAGGUUCCAUUCUAUCCCCUCACCUUUUCUUCCUCCACACUGACGAUCUAAGGUCCCCUAAUGACUGUCUUCUGGUCAUGUUUGCUGAUGAUGUGGUUUUUGGAGACCCUCCCAAAAGUCAGACACACUUCCGGUCUCUAAAGGAUGGCCUAAACCAUGUCCUAGCGUGGUCGGAGGAAAAUGGUUUCCUAAUUAACAACCGAAAAUCCGUUCAGUGUAUUUUUCGACUGCGGCCCUCUCCUAAUCCUGAUUCCUCUGACAUUCUUCCUCACGAAGUAUCCUCUUUCAGGUACCUCGGCGUUACUUUGUCCUCAAAUCUUUCAUUUUCCCUCCAUAUUGGGUCCCUAUUUAUUAAAGUUCGUAAACUUCUUUACUACAUACGUCGUUUGCGUUCCUACCCCACACCUCAACCCUUAGUCUGGCGAUUCAUUGAUGUCUGCAUUCUUCCUCUUAUCCUAUACUGUUCUCCUGUCAUUUUUCCUGCUUUGCUAAAAAAGGACCUUUUAAUUUUGAAACGAGUCCUCCGCAUGCUCUCUUCUGCUGCUGGUGUUUCUAAUCUUUAUUUAAUUGACACUAUCUUACAACGACACUUCAAUGCGGUCAAGCAAUUUGCUGGUCGAAUUCUAGAUGACGUUGCCCACCCCCUACAUUCCGAUCUUAUGUCUGCGAAGUCUUCACGCCUGAUGCGCCGCAACUUCCGUCUUAUACCCUGUCGCACAUCGGCUUAUCGAGCCUCUGUAUUGCCAUUCCUGGCGCGCUAUCUGACGUGCGAAGAGACAGAAAUACCGAAGCUAAGACUUGAACUAUCCCCAUAAUAAUCGUUUCUUUGACUGUCGAAUAAUCUCUUAACUUAUUUACUGCCACAGUGAAUGGAGCCAAUUUUUGCUGAAAACUCUGAACCUAAGAUUUCAAAAUAAAGCUAAUUCCCCUCUCAAAUCUCUCAAUAAAUGAGAUAAGGAUGGUGGUUCCUGGUUAAAAUACCGUUGCUAGUCACCUACGUGGACACAAUGCUGGAACAUCAGAGCGAAAGGACGCUGGCGUACUUUUUCCCGCAAAGAAGCCGGGUUAAGGAUUAACACAUGAUGAGACCGGACUGCUACCAGCCCAUGCGCACAUCCACUGGGUUUGUGUAUGCUGCCCAUGCGCGUGCCAUCUGAGAACGAUCCUCUGACUCAUGAAUCAUCUAUUAUGAAACGCCCCUCACUCGCUGCGUUGGCCUCUAGAGUUGAAAAAUAAACGUCUUGUUUGACUGUAGAUUCCGUCAGACGCCUUCAUCUGAGUUGACUUCGCGAUAUGAGUAAAGGAAGCUGUCGCUGAGUUCCAAAUGAACCGCAGUAUAAAGUAGAAGUUCGCGUUGCGUCUUUUAGAUGCAGCAUUACAACCGCUUUUUGAGAAAACGUAUUAAUGAAUAAGUCAGGGCACCUAUGAGUAUUAAUUUAAGGCUUAUUUUCUCGAGCAACCUGUCGUAAGGAAAGCGUUAUGGUAAGAUAAAGCGUGAAAGAUUAACGCUCAUUGGAAUGACUAAAUACGGACAAAAAGCGAUGAAAACUCACGGCUUUCUGCAUUCUGCACAGACACUCUCAACCUCAUCCAUGACGGAUCAAAAUUGGUUUGCUUUACCAACUGCAACAACACACGCCACGCCAGCUCUGAACAUAUACAAUGCUAUGGCCAGUUCGGUUGUAGCAAUAGCACCCUCCCCUCAGCCAAUGAGUAAGACACUGAAACACGAGUGGUUACGCAUACCACCAAUCAGAAGAAAGGACUAUGUACUAUAACGUGAGCCUCGCCGAGUUUUCUAGCCGAUACCACUAGGCAGGCUGUGAUCAGAAUAAACUUGGCACAUGCACAACUUUCACGUAGUUUACUUGCGCAAUGACGUAUGUGCCGCUGACAAAAUCUGAAAGGUGUUGCGUAAUUUUUUUCCGGCCACAAAGGUUCCCUCCUCGGAAAUUUUGAAAAACGCGUGGUACGAUGAGCAGCUAGUGGAUUGCUAAGAAAUUCACGCGAUUUCUUUUAUUGAAAAUUUAAAAAGGACGCGCUUUUUGGAGGAGGGUUUUUGUUAAAUAACCCAGUUCACAACUUGUUUUGUUUACAUGUCAACGAUCGCUUCCUUCGUCAACUGGAAAACAGGGUUCAAUAUCCGCAAUCAUAACUGUACAUUAUCGCAUGAUAGUUGGCUUCAGCUAUCUCAUGGUUUCAGAUCCACAGGUCGCGAGUUCGAGGCUCGGGUGUUCCGCACUUCGGGCUUGGGUAUGGCUGGCUGACGACGGCUAAUAAGCCAGAAAUGGCCAUUCCAGUCUUCCUUGUCUUUGUCGGUAAUACCAUUCUGCCCACACUUGUCUAUCGACUGUUUCGAAUACUUACAACAGAACAAAUAAAGCAAGACAAGAUCAGUGAACCUAGGUGCUGCGUCUCUGAGUACCACGCCUCAAUUUAUUUCAAUACAGCAUUAACUUCAGGUUCCUAUAUCUAAAUGGUUAUUGAAGUAAUGAAUUAAAAGAUACGGGCGAGUAGUUAAUUCUGUCGUAGCUUGGGUUUGGGAAGGGAAACGGGAGGGCGAAACACUAAAAUUUCAGUCAGCGCAAGUGAGAAGUUGGGCCGCAGAGAAGGUAAUUAUAUGUGGGUGGCUGGCUUGGUGGUUUUGACCCAUGGCAACUGUGGGACCUGUAUGAAGAGUUUCUGUGCGCAUAGGACCAGUUCGCAGUUCCUAUUUGACAACAAUCUAUAAAGACAGAUGGACGGUAUAGCUAUGAGCUCGCCCCUUGACCCGCUUUUGACCAAAUUUUUUCAUAGGCGGGCUAUUAGCUUUCCAGCUAAGGUCUCAGAUACUAUGGGCUGUACUUGGAUGAUAUAUUCGCAAGUGAACCGAAAAAAGUGACAUUUUAAUUCUACUGAAUGAUAUAAAUCAGGAACACCCAUAAAACAAAUUCACUCUGGGAGAAGGACAGUCCGGUUCACGUCGCUUUCUGGAUGUGCCUCUGAGUAGAAGACCUGACGGCAGCAUUAGACCUAGCGUCAAUCGUAAGAAAAUGUUGUCCGGACAAUAACCCAAUUUAGGAAUUUCCCACCGUUAAACGUUAAACGUAAUUUAAUCCGCUAAAGAGUGAGAAGGAUCUGCUCAGCUGAUACUGCUGAGGAAGAGCUUAAGAUCAUCGAAAGCUUUCUCCGCCAGGAUGGGUAUCUUGAUAGAUUAAUUGCUAGAUGAUCGUCGAAAGACCACCAAAGCCCCCGAUGCUAACGGUAGGAAAAAAAAGGCUCUUAAUCAUGAUCCUAUUUCAAGGGGACGCGCCAAGUGAACUCUUAAGAAGACGCCUAACUCGAGCUGUAUCACAGAUCUUUCCAGCAGCUGACACACAUGUACUCUCUCCACUAAUUCCAUCCUAAACGGAGAGGGCAAGGACAAACUGCCAACGCAGACCACUUCUAUGUGUAUUUACGCUAUCACCUGCUCCCGUGGGGCAGAUGAUAUUGGUCGCACGAGCUGGCGUUUGUCCAAAAGAAUAAAAGAACAUCGUCAAGCAUGGUUAAGAAAUGGUCAAAUAAAGAGCAUCAUCAGCUUUAUCCUCGCCCACAUGGUAGACACAGAGCACCGUGUAGACGCCAGAGAGGCCUUCACAGUGAUUCACAAUGUCCCGUCAAGUUAUCCAAAACUACUUGAACAGCGCCUGUUGGGUACGGUGGAGGCGGCUGCAAUCAGGCUACGCGGACCGGUUCUAGGCGUACAAAAGCUCUUCAUAAAGGUCCCACAGUUGCCAUGCGUCAAAACCACCAAACCAGCCACCCAUAUAUAAUUACCGUCCCCGGCACCCACCUUCUCACUGGCGCUGGCUGGAAUUUUGGUGCUUUACACUUCCCCUCCCAUCCACUCCCCAAGCCCGAUUUACGGCAUAACUACCUACUUGUCCGUAUCUUUUAAUUCAUUACUUCAAUAGGCAUUUGAAUGUGCAGGCCUGAAGAGAAUCUACCGAAAGCGGACGUAUGCUCGCCAAACUGCCUUCGGAAUUUUCCAAUAGGAAUUUCCGCAACACUAAUAACUCACGCGUCGUCAUUCGAGGUGAAUAAUCCGCCGAACCUCAGUAAAUUGUGAGCCAUUGCUCUUUUUAAAAAUGUAUAUGGAACGGAAAUACGAGGACUGACACUUCCCUGGCACAGAAGUCUCAAGUUACCUGGCCGGAGUUUAGACGUUAUUCCAUGGGAGUCAUGGCAACCCAGCAAGACACUGACUUAGAAGGAAGGAAAGCUCCGAUCUAUCGUUUACCGUGCAAGUGUCAGGGGAGCUACAUGUGAUAUGGUCCGACAGCCUCCACCAAUCCGUUUGCAACCUGUCGAAUACCUGUUUCACCUAUGCCAUUUUUUGAAUCUUCAAAGAUCCCGUUGGCGGUUGUGGCGCAGUCAACUACACAUGAACGAUGGCUUAAAGAAAUGGAUCAAUCGGACUGCAAUUCAGGACCAGAACUGCGUCGUCUCACGUGUAUGGGUAUGUGAAAUCAGUUGAAGGGCUCGCCAGUACUGUGAGAACCGGAAUAUUUGCAAAAAGAAUGCCCGAACGGUUGAAGACAUCCAUUUUUACUAAUGUCCAUCUGUUAAGAGAGGUACAAACUCAAGCAGAUCGGGGCUAGUAGUCACUUAAACAGGUAGAACAGAUGUAACUUCGACGCCCUGGUCGAUUCUAUGGCGGGAUUUUCGUAGGUCCUCCAAAGAUGUCCAUUAAUCCUUCGCGACGUCACAGCGGCGUGUAUCACCCCUAUUUAUGACAAGUUUUGAAUGAUGCGCUGUCUUUGUCUGAGAGGGUUGAUAUUUUUGGGUUUUUCACAAACUGCUGACUAUCAAAUCAAGUGCUCUAACCUCGCCCUUCGAUCCCACUAUGUCCUCCCUGUGGCAACAACUAGAGGGUCUCCCUAGUCAGCAAGAUGAUACGGCUUAGGUGAUUUAGACGUCUUCUUCGUCACCCUCCCUUGGAGUUCAGUACUGCUACAACAAACACGUCUUCAGUCAUUGUACCUGAAGACCUGAAGAAUAUUUCGAUAGAUAGUGAGCUAUCAGUCAACCGCAGAGUUAGGCUCAAGCAGGUUGAAAUAAGCCUAGUUCCAGCAGUCCACCUACCGAAGUAAAGGACUACAGGAAUUUAGUGAUGGCUAAUGUUAAUCCCGGGGGGAUUAUUUAUACUUUGCGUUGUCGAUGAUCCUGACCAGUAGCGAAUCGCAGCUUCAAGCCACCGAGACAGUGCAUUCUACCGACGAUGGAAGUGUCCCCUAUCUGACCAUGACAUACAGCCAUUUGGGCACCUUAUUCAGUAUGUACGACAGUUCGGUCGUCGAUUCUGAUGCCCUCUGCCACGUACUCUACAGCAGGAUGAGAGCAGGGACGGUGAAUUGCGCACGAAUCCAUUUUUAAUGAUGUGGGACUUUCGCAACGCCUACCUCACUCUCCCCUCUCCUUCUCUGGCCACGUCAUGACCAACUCAAGGAGACCAGAGGCGAGGAAGGCUUCGGAUGGCUGGCAGGAUGAAAAGCUGCACCUAGGCGCACCCCCGCACCUUCCAUACCACGACAAGCAUGAUCAAGAUUUUCUGUAAUACCAAAUAUGGGGAGGUGGCAGGGAUCUCAAUUGGCACGGCGUAAGCUUGCAGCUGGACAUGCCACUGUACCCCGAAUGUUGACACUUGUUAUGCGCGCGCAUUGCCGACAACGCCUGCCAGAAUUCGAUGCGGCCUCCGUGUUAGUCCAGCGCAUCUACCGCGUGGUCCGCUUGAGGAGCGAUUCGGUAUGCACAGUCACGAGGACGCCUGUCUAUCGUAGUGUCCGCUAUACCCUGGCUCCCCGGGCACAGACUAUGAUACAAAUGCAGUAGACCAAAAGAUGAGGCAAACUGACUCAUGGCAUGUAUUUGUCGGGCUACGGUGAGUCCCCCAGUCUGUUUAUACCGUAGACUCCUUCAGCCACUGCGUUCUUUCCCACCUCCGGUUGUCUUGGUAUCGCACUUUCCUCGCAUCCAUGUGGAUGAGGAGAGGGAGAGUGUGUGUGACUGAGGCUGCGCAAGUCCGCGCCAGAUCUUUGGGGUUCUUGGUAGAUGUCGUCGCAUGAGGUGGUCGAUAUCCCGUAUUCUUCAUGUACCAAGCAAACGAUUAGAUAUUAAUCAGCAUUCUCCGUUCAGGCCCAUUUACUUCUGCCAUCUUUAUAACAGUCCCACGUCGGUAUUUCAAGUUGACUGAGGGACCGUUUCCCUAUAUCACGUCUUUUCAGAGGUUUAGAUUUUAUAGCAUUGUUGGUCACUUGAAAAUAACUCCUGGGUUGACAUCGUGGUCCACGUUUAAAAGCCAUUAGACAAAAAAUCAGAAAGAGGAGUAGGAACGAAGCGGGAAGGGAGGAGGAGGAGGAGGAGGAGGAUGAGGAGGAGGAGGAGGAGGAGGACGAGGAGGACGAGGACGAGGACGAGGAGGAGGAGGAGGAGGACGAGGACGAGGACGAGGACGAGGAGGAAGAGAAGAAGAAGAAGAAGAAAAGAGGGGCAGGAGAAGGAGAAGGAGGAGGAGGAGGAGGAGGUGGGGGCGAGAGGUAG